AUGAUUGAGAAGGCGGUAAGAAAAUUAAACGGAUGUGUACGUCAAGUAGAAAAUUUGCGUCCUAGUGGUGCUUUUGAGCAGGAUAUUCUUACACAAGCAAAAGUUUUACUUAUGCAAGAUCUGAACUUCAAAAAGGGCUUUAAAUUUGAUCAUGUGUGGGCUAUAACGAAGGAGUUUGAGAAGUUUAACGAUGGCGAUUUUGGAAGGAAAAAAACAAGAAAGCAAGGCUAUGCUAAUAUAUCAUCGGACUCUGAGAAUCCUAUCCCUGAUUCACCCUAUCUAUCAUCCCCUAACUUAUCAUCAUUUUCACUAAAUUUAAAUGAGGAUGUUGCAGGUGAUUCCACAUCAUCAUAA